AAAACGUGUCCAACAAACCUAUAUUUUAGAUUUGUCCGAAGUAGCUGCAUUUAGUUUGGAUGAUAACUUGACACACUCAUAGCAUUCUCUCAUGAGAUUCACACGGCAUUCACCUGGAAUGAUUUUCACUUCACCGCUGUGUCUAGUCGAGUGUUCAUUUGUGACAUUUCUUGUCACUUUAAUGUGCUUUAGACCAUCAGUUGUCUUCUGGAGAGAAAUGGACUGUUAAAUCUUUUCUUCCUUGUGAUGGAUUGUGAGUGCCGGUAAAGCGUUACACAAUUACAACCAUUUCCCAGAAGGGACUUCAUCCACUGCGAGCAUCAACGCCUGUUCGUCCGAUAUCACCCACGCGGCCAGAAUGGAGAACGCAUUCGGGCCGUCUUUUUCAGGAGUUGCUCCAGUUAGCAAACCCGAGACAUCCAGCAAUUACAAACAGCACCGCCGAACACCGUCUUCCACCUCCAGCACGCUGACUUUCUCCACUCGAGACGACGACGACGGCAUGCCACCCAUCGGUACUUCACGUGGUUCAGACUCUGCCAUCUCUGUUCGUUCUCUCCACUCUGAGUCCAACAUGUCUCUGCGCUCGACUUUCUCUCUGCAUGAAGAAGAGGAGGAUACGGAUCCGCAGGUUUUUGCCGAACAGCCCUCGGUCAAACUGUGUUGUCAGCUGUGCUGUAACGUCUUUAAAGACCCUGUCAUCACCACAUGUGGGCAUACCUUCUGUAGGCGAUGUGCCCUAACCUCCGAAAAAUGCCCAGUAGAUAACUCAAAGCUCACCGUAGUGGUGAACAACAUUGCUGUGGCCGAGCAGAUCGGUGAGCUCUUCAUUCACUGUAAAUAUGGCGUUCGCACCACCGCUUCAGGAAAACCAGCUGCCUUUGAAGUGGAUCCGCUCGGCUGCCCUUUCACCAUCAAACUCAGCACCAGGAAAGAUCACGAGGUGAGCUGCGACUACCGGCCAGUGCGCUGCCCGAAUAAUCCCAGCUGUCCUCCUUUGCUCACUAUGAACCUGGAGGCCCAUUUGAAGGAGUGUGAACACAUCAAGUGCCCACAUUCAAAAUACGGGUGCACGUUCAUUGGGAAUCAGGACACGUACGAGACGCACCUGGAUGCGUGUAAAUUUGAGGGGCUAAAGGAGUUCCUGCAGCAAACGGACGAUCGCUUCCAUGAGAUGCAGGUGACCUUGGCGCAGAAGGACCAGGACAUUUCUUUCCUACGGUCCAUGCUGGGCAAAUUGUCAGAAAAACUCGACCAGCUUGAGAAAAACCUGGAGCUCAAAUUUGAUGUGCUGGACGAGAACCAGAGUAAACUGAGCGAAGAUCUGAUGGAAUUUCGUAGAGAUGCUUCGAUGCUUAACGAUGAGCUUUCACAUAUUAAUGCCAGACUCAACAUGGGAAUCCUAGGCUCCUAUGACCCUCAGCAGAUCUUCAAGUGUAAAGGCACGUUUGUGGGUCACCAGGGUCCAGUGUGGUGUUUGUGCGUUUACUCCACCGGCGACCUGCUCUUCAGCGGCUCCUCCGAUAAAACCAUUAAGGUUUGGGACACUUGCACCACAUACAAAUGUCAGAAAACUCUAGAGGGCCAUGAUGGCAUCGUUUUAGCACUGUGUAUUCAGGGGAAUAAGCUGUACAGUGGCUCAGCAGAUUGCACCAUCAUUGUUUGGGACAUCCAGAACUUGCAGAAAGUGAACACGAUCCGUGCACACGAUAAUCCAGUGUGCACGCUCGUCUCCUCACACAACAUGCUCUUCAGUGGAUCACUCAAAGCGAUCAAGGUGUGGGACAUUGUGGGCACAGAGCUGAAGCUGAAGAAGGAGCUCACUGGUUUAAAUCACUGGGUGCGAGCUCUGGUUGCGUCUCAGAAUCACCUGUAUAGCGGAUCCUACCAAACCAUAAAGAUUUGGGACAUUCGCUCUCUUGAGUGCGUCCAUGUCCUCCAGACCUCCGGAGGCAGCGUUUACUCUAUUGCAGUCACCAACCACCACAUCGUUUGUGGCACGUACGAGAACCUCAUCCAUGUGUGGGAUAUUGAGUCGAAAGAGCAGGUGCGCACACUGACGGGCCACGUAGGGACAGUUUAUGCUCUGGCCGUCAUUUCAACUCCGGACCAGACCAAAGUGUUCAGUGCCUCCUACGAUCGCUCACUUAGGGUGUGGAGUAUGGACAACAUGAUCUGCACCCAGACGCUGCUGCGCCAUCAAGGCAGUGUCACUGCAUUGGCUGUCUCUAGAGGGCGCCUCUUCUCUGGAGCUGUGGACAGCACUGUGAAGGUUUGGACCUGCUAAAUGCUCUAAAAUCACAAAAUGGACCUUCUGUGACUUUCCAGCGGUGUGUAAACACCAUGGAGCACUUUUUAAGAUACCAGCCUGGUGAGGAAUUGAUUUUUAUUCCCUGUAUCGAUCCGUUUUCUUGUCACGUGGACACGAUUUGUCUUGGCUCACACCGCCCCUGGACCGGGACCGCAGCAUCGCCUUAAGCCACUCCAAACGACCAGCGUGUUCGCUUCUGUAUAUAGACGUUUCACUCCGAUACUGAACAGCGAGCCUCGGUGUGACGAAUCAUGUCCGAGACGCCUUCUGUAGAGGAACUCGGCAGACCUAAACACUUUCCUCCAAUAACAUUUGGACCCUUUUUACACGUCCUGGAGCGGCGCUUCAUUAAUUCAUUUGCUUCCAGAUCGGAUUGUUCACAGAAAACGUUCACUACACAAGUUUUUUCGCGCUCAUCACUACUAACCGCACGCUCACCCCGGCUGCCACGUGAUGCGACAAAGCAAGCGAAUGCGAGGAAGGAACAGGAACCGGAAGGAGCAGGUGCUGCAGACCAAAAGUCACACGCUUGAGUUACAAAAUCAGUAUUCGUUGUUGGCAAGAAACGAUGAUAACUUGUUUAUACGAUGCGCCGUCACGUUUUCCUUUGAUUUUUUUUUUUUUUUUUACACGAGCAGCUUUACAACUUACAUUUGAUAUUGCCAAGUGGGAGAUUUUUUUUCUUUCCUCGAUUUUUUUAAAUGUAUAUACUUAAUCACCUUAUUAAUCAACACACAACGUCGAUGGAUAAUAACGAAAAGUUUUCAGUGCAUCAUUGUCAACUUCCUAGUCCACUUGGCCAUCGGCAUCAGCUCAAACGAAGUAGAUAAGGGACCGAGUGAACAUCACUCCAGAGUGCGGUUCCGUUUUCGGUUCACUCCUAAUUAGCAGCAAAACCUACUUCAUAUAAGAUUAUUCCAAAUCACAUUGCCUCCUCCUGCAGGUGGCGCUAGCUACAAAAUCUUCCGUAUAGCUAGCAGAGGAGCGAAUGAGUAACCCGAUGAACAACUUGUGUAGUCAGAGACGUCAUGACGGUUGUGUAAAACAGUAUUAAAUCACCGGGUCUUUUAAUUAUUAACCCAAAUUAUGACUGUAUUACAGCUGACGAUAGAGCAGUGCUUUAAGCAGCUCUGGCUGUGGUGUGUGUGUGUGUGUGUGUGUGUGUGUGAGAGAGUGUGAGGAAUACACACCAUGACAGGUCUCAGAAUCUGCACUGGUAUUUAUUCAGUCACACACAUGCAGUGUUAAUCAUCAUUGACGUGUUAUUUUGCUCUCAGCCAAUCAGAACACACUGUACCAGAGUUAGACAGCGGGCGAAUAGCGAUAUAAUACGUUUCCAUUGUCAUCGAUGAUUGCCUAUGUUUUUAUCAUGGUUUAUGACAAUUAUCACAAUAUCAAAAUAAAUUGUUCUGACAAACUU